AUGUCUUGGUAUCAUAUUCAGGACAAAAGGCUUAAGCUGGCGAUUAAGGCCAAGCCAAAUGCUAGAUGCACUCAAGUAAGAGAAAUAACAGAUACGGAGAUUGUUGUAAAUGUAAAUGCACCACCGACAGAUAAUAAAGCUAAUAAGGAGCUGGUAGAGUUUGUUGGUAAGAUGCUUAAAGUCCCGAAGUCUUCGGUUAAGGUAGUGGUAGGUGCUAGUAGUACCAAUAAAACUAUUGUGGUGAGCGCUUGGGAAGGAGAUGAAGAGAAUCUGAAAGCAGCUGUGAAUAAAAUGCUAGAGUAG